AUGUUAGCAAGAAAACCUUUGUUUUUAUCACGAUUAAUUCAUAAAAAGAGAUGUUCUCGAUGUUAUACGGCACAAACAAGCGUUGGUGAGGUCGAAAUACCGUUUUCUAAAGGGACAUCUUUGAAUAUAAAAACUGGCCAGUAUGCAAGGUUUGCAGACGGUGCCUGUGUGGCUACACUGGGGAACACCGCUAUACUAUCUACAGUGGUAUCCAAAGCCAAACAAAGUUCUUCAACAUUUCUGCCGCUCGUAGUGGACUAUAGACAGAAAGCUGCAGCUGCUGGACGAAUACCAACCAAUUUUCUUAGAAGAGAAUUAGGUCCAACGGAACGUGAAAUCCUAACAUCUCGGCUCAUCGAUCGCUCCUUGCGACCACUAUUCCCACAGAAUUAUUUCUUUGAUACUCAAAUAGUAUGUAACAUGCUUGCGGUUGAUUCUAUGAACCCACCGGAGACUGUUGCCAUAAACGCUGCCAGUGCAGCUUUAGCACUGUCUGAUGUGCCUUGGAAUGGACCGAUUGGAGCUGUAAGAAUAGGACAAAUAGAUAAUGAAGUAAUAAUCAAUCCAACUCGCAAGGAUCUGCAGAAGUCUAUAUUAAACCUGGUGGUGGCUGCUACCAACAGGAACUUGGUUGUGAUGAUGGAGGGCAGCGCCCAGGAUAUACUGCAGCAGGACUUGCUGAAAGCCAUCAAAUUAGGUACAAAAGAAGCCCAGCUUAUAGUCCGAGGCAUAGAGAAACUGCAGAAGAGUCAUGGUAAAAUGAAGCGGGCGUAUGAGACACCGGCGCCUUUGCGCCAAGAAAUAAUGGACGCGGUCAGCACACUGUCUUCUAUGAAGAUCAGGGAGAUACUCAGCGACUACUCCCACGACAAAAUAUCGCGAGACAACGCGAUAUCAGAACUCAGACAAACAGUUUUAAACCAACUUCGUGAGACGGAGGCCGACGUCACACAGUUGCAAGACUGUUUCAACGACAACCUUAAGAAGAUAUUCCGGGACAUGAUAUUCGAGACCGAUGUACGGUGUGAUGGGCGGCAUUUGGAUGAGCUCAGGAAGAUUAGUUGUCAGGUAUCUCUAUAUGAGCCCCUGCACGGUAGCGCAGUGUUCCAACGCGGGCAGACACAGGUUCUAUGCACGGUCGCGUUCGACUCCCCAGAGAGCGCGCUCAAGAUGGAUACACUAACUAUGCUUACUAGUGGCAUAAAAGAAAAGAGUUUCUUCCUUCAUUACGAGUUUCCUUCAUACGCGACGGGUGAGGUGGGUCGGACUGGAGCCCCGGGGCGCCGCGAGGCAGGGCACGGAGCCCUGGCUGAGAGGGGCUUACUACCCGUCGUGCCGCAUCAGCCCUAUACUGUCAGGCUAACUGCUGAAGUACUCGAGUCCAAUGGCUCAAGUUCAAUGGCGUCAGUAUGUGGAGGUUCCCUCGCCCUGAUGGACGCUGGGGUAGCUCUGUCAGCUCCCGCGGCAGGAGUAGCGAUAGGUCUGGUCUCCCGACCUGAUGAACAAGGACAAAUCGAGGACUACAGGAUUCUUACUGAUUUGUUAGGUAUAGAAGACUACAUGGGCGACAUGGACUUCAAAGUGGCCGGUACUAAGAAAGGAAUGACUGCGUUACAAGCUGACGUCAAAGUCCCCGGACUACCGCUCAAGAUUGUCAUGGAGUCUAUACAGAAGGCGUGCGACGCUAAGAGCAAGAUCAUCGAUAUUAUGAAUCAGUGUAUUGAUAAACCAAGACAAGGGCACAAAGAUAACAUGCCGGUUAUCGAAGAGAUGGAGGUGGAAGUCCACAAGAGACCAAAGUUGCUCGGCAUGGGAGGAGCCAACUUGAAAAAACUAUAUCUUGAAACUGGUGUACAGGUAACACCAAUAGACGACAUAAAAUACAGUAUCUUCGCGCCAUCACAAGCGGCGAUGGACGAGGCACACAGUCGCAUACAAGGCUGGCUGACUUCAGAAAAAACUCCUGAACUGGAGUUUGGAGCUAUAUACAAGGCGAGGGUCGUGGAGGUGAAGGAUAUAGGAGUACUGGUCACUCUCUACUCCGGCAUGACGCCCGCCCUUGUACAUAAUACGCAACUUGAUCAUAGGAAGAUAAUGCACCCUUCAGUGCUGGGCUUAGAUGUGGGCUCUGAAAUACAAGUGAAAUACUUCGGACGCGACCCAGUCUCCGGUCAGGUGAGACUGUCCAAGAAGGUCCUUAGCUCCCCGCCACCAGGCGUUGUCAAAAAACUAGAUAAAGUCUAA